ACAAAACAUCUCAUCCCCUGUAAUUUUUUUGUCCGUGAAAGGGAGUGAAUCCAAAGACCUACAGAUAAACCUGGACUUCCCAUUGUCAUCUGAUUUUUCAAGGCAUGGAAGACGAAAAAGAAGAGCGCCACACACAAACAGUAAAGUGCUGCAUAAAAUGGCAAGCAAUGCCAAUGGGACCAACAUGACCUACCACGAGUUUCAUUUCCCCAACGACGACACCAUUCCUAUUAUCCAAAUGACGUGGUGGGACGUAGAGGCCACCUUUCAUGUGUACUUCAUGUAUGGGUCUCGCCCUACAUUCGACAAGUAUGCGGAGAAAAGAGUUGUUCAACAGGACUGGAUAGAGGCCCGGUACAUGGAAACCUCUAACUAUACAGUCUCAUUCACCCCUAACACAACAGAUCGCAGUGGAGAUUUGUACAUAGGAGUGCAGGAGAUAGGUAAUGUGGAUAGGUUGUCAGAGAUGGCAAGGGGUCAACCCAAGGAAGCCUCUAAGUAUCGACUGACGGUCUCGGAUUUUGGCUGUUUGUCUUGGAAUGAGGAGGAAGAGAAAUGGAAGUUGGCAAACUGCAAUGCUGAAGUAGACCUGGACAAAACCAUCACCCACUGCCAGUGCCGUAUGACUGGGUCGAGGAUUGCAGUUGGGACUAUGACUCUCCCUGUCCCGAAUGCCAUAAACUUCAUGAACGCAUUCAAGAACUUCCGCAACCUGAGUGACAAUGCCGUGGUGUUCUCCAUCGUGGUGUCCGAGUUCAUCCUGUACAUCAUUCUCAUGGUUUUUCUGUCGGCAGAUCAGAUCAAAAGGAAGACACUGCCAGAGGUGAGUCUGAUCCCCCCAGACAGGAUGCCGGCACCCCAUGUGUAUCAGCUCACCGUCACCACCGGGUCCAUGCUCGGGGCUGGGACCACCUCACGGGUCGCCUUCCAGCUCUUCGGGUCAGAGGGCACGACCCCAGUCAAGAUGCUGAACCCUGGAGGAGAGGCCUUGGUGCGUGGAAGUACUUUACAUUUUGUCAUGCCAGUGCGAGAGUCACUCGGAGAAGUGAUGUUGUUGUACAUCUGGCAUGAUAACUCUGGGGAAGGUGACAGGUCAUCCUGGUUCCUCCAAAAGGUUUUCGUCAGAGAUAUAGAAACAGAUGUGAUUUCUUACUUCAUCUGUAAUGACUGGUUGUCAGAAGACAAGGGUGACGGUGAAGUGCAGAAGGUGGUGCACGCAAGCACAGAGCUGGAGCUCGCAGCCUCCACUAAUGUCUUCAACGAGGCAACCAGAGACGUGCUCUAUGAUCAACACCUGUGGGCAUCAGCCCUUAUGGCAGCACCAGGUUCCAGCUUCACAAAAGCCCAGCGUCUGUCCUGCUGCUUUACUCUCCUGAACACCAUGAUGCUGGCCAGCGCCAUGUGGUACCAGAAAGAUGACACAACUGCCGACACAAAAGUGUACAACCUGGGGAUUGCUCGUUUUACAGCAGAGGAGCUGUACAUCAGCCUUAUGUCCAUGCUGACUGUGGCUCCGGUCAAUCUCAUGAUUGUGCAACUAUUCCGGAAGGAGACACCGCUGUCUCUUAACACUCCGGAGAUGUCAAUCCGGAGGUCCAAGCGAGCACCGAGGAAGAUCUUCCCACCUGCUAAACCAGGUGCCCAAUUGGCUCGAAAGAAGAAGGAACUAACUAAGAAGUCAGUCUCGACACUCCUGGACUUGUUUUUGCUGUUUGUCUUUGUGGCUGUUUUCUUUUACCUCGCCCAGGCGGACACAGACCAGCGGGCCUUCUACGAGACCAGGACACUCUCAAACACAGUUCUACAGGAGUAUAAUACAAUCAGCACUCCAGACCAGUUGUACGGCUGGCUCGAGGAAGUCCUGCUGCCCACCCUGUUCCCAUCUGCCUGGUACAACGGGAGGAAAAUGAAGUUCUUGGACCAACAGUUUGCCCAGAACACCGAGUCCUUCCGCUUCGGCCCUCCUCGCCUCACACAGAGGAGGAAAAUUCCAGGUACAGUCCAUUUCGUGUGGCAUAAUGGCAGAGCAUUUGGCUCAGAACCAAGUGGUCCUGGAAACACGUCAGAUAGCUGCUGGAGGUUUGCAGCACCCAACAUUUUGAACCACCCAAACUUCACAUCUGACUGUAGCAACAACCUUGUCCUCGAGGUCCUUCGAAAUUAUGAAAUCGCCGUCUCGUUCGUCCGUGCCAUGGAAGGUUCCGGGUUUGUCGACAAACACACAGAGUCGCUGGCAAUCAACAUCAACUUCUACAACCCCAGCCUGAAGCUGUUUAGUGGCGUAAACAUAUUGCUGAAGCGUUCAGGUGAGCUAGGAUUUGAGCACUUUGUGGAUGUGACACCCACUGCUUGGUGGGACGCAUGUUUUAAGCACAUCUUGGGUCUUGUUGUCUUCAUCAACACCAUCGCCUUGCUUCGCGCGGUCCGCUUCACUCAGACGAUCGGAAAACUCCUGGCUCUUCCCGGCAUCAUGAAGGAGGAGCUCGUGUCGUUCUUAGUUGUUGCUGCCGUUGCUUUCGUGGCCUUUCUGAGCUCAGGGCAUCUUAUCUUUGGCAGCAACACGCAGUCCUACUCAGACAUGUACCGCACAACGCUUGCUCUCUUCGAGAUGGUGCUCGGCGUGUUUCUUGCCCAAGACCUGGUAGACUCCAACCCUCUCCUUGGACCGAUCUACUUCUCCGCCUUCAUGAUCUUCAUCUUCACGCUGCUGGUCAACGUCCUCAUGACCAUCAUUUGCGAGGCCAUCUCUGCUGACGUGGACACGACACAUGACCAGGAACUUGCUGAGCACAUGUGGAGCAGCUUCCAGGCCAUACUGGGCGCACACAGUGUACAGAAAAAGGAGGAUAAACAAGGUGUGUUGAAGAAAGAAGAGCUACAGGCAAACCUACGCACCAUCCGGGAGCAACUUGAUGAAAGUCUCAACAUCUGUGACUCCAUCCUGCCCCGUUCACGUGUUUCCCGUACUGUAGCUGGCAAGGCUGCCAGAAAUGUUACCCCGUAAUGGUAGAAGAACACAUGACUUGUACAGUUUUUGCCCUAUGGGGAUUUUUAUAGAUAAAUACUGCAAGGUAUCUCAGUUUCAUGCAGUUACUUAAAGUAAGGUGCACUAGAGGAAUGCAAAAAGGAAUGUGUCAUGUAAUACAGUAACUAUGUUUCCUAGUUAAUAUUUAUGUAUUCCAGACCUGUAAAUUCCAUAUAAAUUCUGUAAUAUUUGACGCAUGCUUCCUAGUUAUGAAUUGUAUUUAUUCUGAAAAUUUGUAAAAAUGUACACGUAUUGGUUAGUUGAGGAAGGAUCGCUACAAAUUUGGGAAUCAGACACACAGCUACGAAUUUUAUUCCAUGCUUGAAUAACUCACACACUUUGCAUAUAUCCAGUUUAUAAUCAUUACAACAUGUGGUAACUGCAGUAUAAUUAACAUUUUUAAACUGUUGUGACAGUCAUUUAUCAAAAU